AUGUCAUCCGUACUACUCAGAGCUCCCGCUUACCAUGCCGAGCUGUGGCAGUUUCUGGCCGCCCACGAGAAUGUGGCGAGUCGAAUCACCUCGCUGGAGAUCAAGCGCGUGAACAAGCUGUACCAUUCGCCCGCGCCAGCUUCCACUUGCGACGCAGCGCUGGGCAACGAGGUAUGCGCGCUGCUCAAGAAUUUCGACGAAUCCUCCCUCGCACCUCCAGAUGGCGGUGUGGAUGAGGAGGAAAAGGAGGCGAGCGACGCUCGUUCGAAACGCGUGCACGCGUACCGCGAAGCCGAGCUGCCUCUCAUUGCCGCCAUCUCCAAGAUGAAGCAUUUGCAAACAUUCAAGUGGGACUUUUUCCCACCCGUACACGACGCGCAGCUUGGUAGGCCUGCUCAAGAGCCGCCGCUGUCCAGCAUCUGGCAGGCGCUCUCACAGACUACAGUCAAGGACGUUGUGGUGGCAGAUUUGGCGAGAUACAGGCGAUUAGAGUGCGCCGACACACAAGCCUUUGACCACAUCCUGCCAAUCUUUGAGGGAGAUGUGAGUCGGUGGAUGUGAUGUGCCACACAUUGCCCGAGAUUUUGAACGACUUUGCUGACUGCUGCGCGUCGAGCGCAUUCUUGCAGCUCUUUGCUCAAAAGCUUGACAAGCUGGAAAGCUUCGAGAUAUCGACGGAUGCCUUCAACUUUGAGCCCGAACCUUUUGUCGACAUUCCUGAUCAGCCAGACUUGACCAGGCUAGCUGCCUUCUUGUCGCAGAACGCCUCGAAGCUCAAGGUGAGAAGGGUCAGCUCAUCUGUCCCCGCUUGCUCUUGCUUUGUACUGACAUUGGAGUCGCAUGCGUGUCACCAUGAAGAGCGUGAGGCUACUCUUCCAGACGGACGGCGCACGUCGACCCGCGCACCUGUCCGAGACGUAUGCCAGCGAGCUCCCACCAGAAGAGAGGCAAGCGGGCGAAGUGAAAGUGGACGAGCUGCUCGAAUCCUUGUGCGGAAAGCUUGCGGCGCUGCAAGAACUCGUUGUGCGAGAUGUUGGCGCGUCGGAACAAAGCGUCGAGGCGUUUGUGCAGAGCUCGCCAAAUCUCCAGAAGCUUGAGCAAGUACCUUCUCUGGGCGUUCAGUACGGGCCAAAGCAGGGAGUGCGCCUCUCGACUGCUGUCAAACAGACGUUGCAGCGACGGGCCAAGUGA